CAGUCUGUAUCAGGGCAAACUAUGUAUACUUUCAAAGGAGUGCCCUAUGCAGAGCCUCCUGUUGGAACACUGCGUUUCCAGCCCCCUGUGGCCAAGGAACCAUGGGAUGGUGUAAGAGAUGCUUUAGCAGCUGGCUCAAUGUGUGUCCAAUUGGAUACUGGAGCUGAUAGAGGACAGGAAGACUGCCUGUUUCUGAAUGUAUAUACACCUGAGUUACCAACUGGAACAACCACCCUGAGACCAGUGAUGGUAUUCAUACAUGGAGGAGGUUUUGUAAAUGGGGCAGGAAUAACGUAUGGUCCUGACUACUUUGUGGAAGCUGGAGUUGUUGCUGUGACUAUUAAUUAUCGCCUGGGUCCAUUAGGUUUCUUGAGUACAGAAGAUCUUGUAGUACCAGGCAACAUGGGAAUGAAGGAUCAAGUGCAAGCUUUACGAUGGGUACAACAGAACAUUGCUUUGUUUGGAGGAGAUCCUAAUAGUGUCACCAUUUUUGGACAAAGUGCUGGAGGUGCUUCUGUCCAUUACCUUGUGCUUUCACCAUUAGCAAAAGGUUUGUUUCACAAAGCAAUAGCUGAAAGUGGGGCUGCACUCAACCCUUGGGCAUUUGCUAGAAACACAAGAGACAGAGCAUAUCGACUAGCCCAAAGUUUUGGUUAUUCCGGUGCAAACAACACUACAGACAUAGUACAAUUCUUGUUAACUGUGGAUGCUUACCAACUUGUCUCAAAUCCAUAUGCUGCUCUGCCUAUGGAGGAUAUCAUGGGUAUCUUUCAAAUGGUGUUUGUGCCCAGUGUUGAACCACAGCAUGACGGAGCGUUCCUAACAGCAGAACCAACAGAGCUUCUGUCUCAGGGUGUAUAUAAUGAUGUUCCUUACAUGACUGGUGGAACAUCUGCAGAAUGCUUGUUUUAUGUUGCACCUUCAGGAGACCUUUCAACAGCUGAGCAGAUAGCCCAGCUGGAUCAGAACUUUGAGUUAAUGAUUGGACCUGAUUUAAGGCUGCCUACAGCAGAACAGAGAACACAAGGUGCUCGUGAAGUGAGGAGCUUCUACUAUGGAGAUGCAACUAUAACUCUGCAGCAGAACAGCACAACAGUUGCAUGCACGAGUGCUCUCCUCUUUGGUGAAGGCAUUGAUGUUGUUGUGCAGAGAAUGGCACAGCAUUCUACUCAGCCCAUUUAUUACUACUAUUUCUCUUAUGUUGGACCUCUGACUAGCUAUCCUGGUUUGGAAGGUGCUGGCCAUGGUAAUGAAGUCAACUACAUGUUCCAUUGGGGAGGAGGUGAGAAUCUGCAACCAGGGUCUGAAGGAGCUGUUACGAGGAGCAGGUUGAUACAGAUGUGGACAAAUUUUGCAAGAUACGGAAAUCCCACACCAACUGUGGACUCAGUGAUUACUCAAUACUGGACUCCAUACACCACCGAUGGAAAAGCUUACCUGCAUUUUGAUGUCAAUUUAUCUAUUGAAAGCAACUUGAAGUAUGAUGAAUUUAAUUUCUGGCAUAAUCUCCUGCCAUAGGUGAUUUACAUUAGGCUGGACAGUACACAGACUUUAAUAA